AGAGACAGAUUAAGAACAUCCAUCUGGCUAGCUCAGCUUAAUCUGACCGGUCAUGGCGGCGUGGAGCGAGAGCGAGAACGAGAGGUUCGAGCGCGCGCUGGACACGUACGACCGCGACACGCCCGGCCGCUGGGACCGCGUCGCCGCCGCCGUCGGGGGCGGCAAGACGGCCGACGACGUCAGGCGCCACUACGACCGGCUCGUAGACGACCUCCGCCGCAUCGAGGCCGGGGGCGCCAACUCCAACGGCGGAACUCAUGCCGCCGGCGGCAGCAGCAGCAACGGCGCGGGGAAUAACGGCAGCAGAGGAGGGCCAGGGAGCAGCCGGCGGCCCCAGACAUAAAUGAUGGGUGGAUCGGAUCGGAUCAUGCAAGGUGGUGGCCUGGUCGGCACAGGACGCUGACAUGAUCCCUAUCCUAUCUACGUCUUCUGCAUUCAUACAUAUACAUGCAUGUAACGUACGUGUAUAUGUACACGUACGCACGUCAUGCACAUUGCUAGCGGGUACGUGCAUGUAUGCGUCACGUGUACGUACGUACUUACGUACACGUAUGCAUGCAUGUGUACGUGCAACGGUGCAAGAGUGCAACACAGUGUGCUGGCCCUUUUUUAUUUAUGUGCGAACUGACAGUGUGCUAGCUUGUCAGUGACUGUGUGUGCGCGCGCUGUGCCAUGCAUGUACGUAUGCCUACGUCUUUUUUUUUUCUCGAAUAUGCACGAGUGUACAUAUCAUAUAUUAAAGAAGGAAAGGCAUAGAUGCCUCCACCAGUC